AUGAGUUCGUUCGCCGGUCGCAUGAAGGAGUAUCCCAACAUGUCGCUGGACCGUUUUGACAGGGAGAAUCUACAUGCAAGGGCUUAUUUUUUAUCUCACUGUCAUAAAGGUAAAGAAAUACUCUUUGAAAUACAGUGAGCCAAACAGCAGUUAGCUAGCUAAAGAUAACUAGCCAGGAUUUGCUCUAACGUUAACUGUUACACAGUGUACAUGUAACUAGCUAGCUACUUAUCUGUCAUGUAUUCUCUGCAGAUCACAUGAAGGGACUGAAGGGGCCUCUGUUGAAAAGAAAGUUGAAAUUCAGGUGAUUUCACAACGUUUUAUUUUGAUGGUCUGAAAGUUCAAUGAAAAGUUUCAAGCUUGUACAAGGCUGGCUAACUGAUGUUGUUAAUGGCCUAACGUUACUGUCUGUUCAUUUGUUCCAGUCUGACAGUCAAACUGUACUGUUCAUUUGUAACUAAGGAACUGUUGCUCAGCAAUCCAAAAUAUGCCUUCUGGGAAGAUCACAUAGUAAGUAGCUAGUUGUCUAAAAUCAUUCUGAAUACUGAACACUGGUUAUGGACGUAUUGCUAGGUAAGCUUUGUUUUGUUUGAUUUGAUUUGACAUGCUUCUGUUUGUCCAGGUUGCUUUGGAACUGGAGAGUCCCACACUAAUCACUUUGAUAGAUGAGGCUUCAGGAGAG